CAGCACAAACAGAACGUGGAUGCUUCACCGUCUGAGCAGCAACACCUGGAGAACAACACCACCAGACGGCUGCCCGGCUCGCUGUCUGCUCCCUGAAAUGUGUUCAAGGACUCCUGGUUCCACCACGACAGACACAUGAGGAGGUAGAAGAGGACGGGGAGGGGAUGAAGGUGUCCUCCUCACAGUGACUCAGCAGGUCUGCAGGUCUAUAAAGAGACGCAGAGUCUCACUCUGUCACCACAGAGACGAUGGCCUGGCUGCUCUGCUUCACCUGUGUCCUGCUCUGUGGCCCAGAGCUGCUGCUGGGGAAACCCUCAGAAUACCGGCUGGAGUCAGAGACCCUGAGUCAGUGUGAGUCACUGAGGGGCAUGGCUGUUGCCAAGCAACAAGAUUUCGUCCCUCAGUGUUCAGAGGAUGGCAGGUUCAGGCCCGUGCAGUGCAGUGGGCGGGGUCAGCAGCAGUGUUGGUGUGUGGACGCUGAAGGACAUGAAAUCCUAGGAAGUCGAACCAACGGCUCCGCUCUUCACUGUCUGUCCCCCUGUCAGCUACAGUCUGUCCUGCAGUGUUCUCCUUCAGGGCUUUUUGAAGCAGUUCAGUGUGACUCCAGCAGGGGGCAGUGUUGGUGUGUGGAUCUGGACGGCAUGGAGCUCUACGGGACCAGACAACGCGGCAGACCUCAGCGCUGUCCUGGCAGCUGUGAGGUGAGAGGGAGGCGGCUCCUCCACGGCGUCGGCUCUGCGUCUCCUCCUCAGUGUGACAGAGACGGAAGCUUCCUGCCCGUUCAGUGCAAACUCAUCAACAUGACGGACAGAAGAGAAGUGGACCUGCUGCACACCUUCAACAGGUUCCCAGAAUCCUUUGAGACGUUCAGUAGUUUCAGGAAGAAUUUCCCGCUGGUUUCCUCAUACUGUUACUGUUCUGACAGCAGGGGGCGAGAGCUGGACAACACAGGUGUGGAGCUCCUCUUGUCAGAGGUGGACGAUUCUGCGUCCCUCAGUCUUGGCUCUGUUCGCUCCUGGGAUCAGACCCACAUCUACAGAGUCCUGCAGAGGAGGAUGCUGGGAGUUCGCUUCGUCCUCAGCGGCCUCUUCAGAUGUCCCUCCCCCUGUGAGGUGGAGCGGGAGGCGGGGUCAGCAGCGUCCUCUGUUUCUGUCCUGUCAUGUGAGAGUGGAGGAGCCUUCAGUUCCAGGCAGUGCCAGCAGGGGGGGCAGUGCUGGUGUGUGGACCCGACAGGAAGAGAAGUUCCUGGAAGUCGACAGUUUGGAGACUCUUUGAUCUGCAGUUCAGAUCAUGACUGUCUGUCUCAGCGUCGUCUGGCUUUGUCCCGCCUCUUCUCUGGUCCUGUGGCACUGCCCCCCUCUAUGACCUCCUCUCCUCCAGCUUCCUGUCACACGUUGCUCCACCCACUCCAGAACCUGUUGUCGCUGGAUGCGGACCCAGCCUUUCUGUCUCGCCUGGUCGAAGUCCUCCAUGGUCUCUUCCCUUCGGUGGACGGAGCUCUGCGGACUCUACGCCGCGUCGCCCCCGGCCGCCUCCAGGAGGAGCUUUUUGGUGGGAAGUUUCUGACGAGCGCGGCAAACUUUAACCUGAGCGGCGCGGUGGGAUCUCGAGGAGCGGUCAGUGUGGAGCUGCUCUCCUCUCAGAAGAACCGGGACCUGCUCCAGUCCGUCAGCCGAGCGCUGGAGGACCCCGCCUUCCUCUCCGCCCUCCGGCACACGCUGACGGGACUCAGCGGCUCACUCUCUCUGCAGCAGGUUCUGGUUCCUCUGCUGCGAUACUGCACUGCCCAAGAACAGAAAUACUCGGCGGCUGUCUUUGUGCCCAGCUGCACGUCCAGCGGCGGUUUCCAGGAGGUCCAGUGUCACAGUGGAGACUGCUGGUGUGUCGACCCUCGCGGUCAAGAGGUCACAGGGUCGCGUACGACCGGUCGUCAGCCUCGUUGUCCGUCCCGCUGCGAGAGGGAGCGAGCGGCAGCGCUGAAGGUGAGAGGAAACAUGGCGGCCGGAGCCGAGCUCUACGUGCCGGCGUGCUCGCAGGACGGAAACUUCCUGCCACUGCAGUGCAUCGGCUCACGCUGCUUCUGUGUGGACACUGAGGGGAAAACCACAGCCGGGCCGAGAGGGGACACCAUCACCUGCGCAGGGCGGACGACUCCGUCAGUCUCAGGUGUGUGUUCUCAGGUGUUGUCUGAGGUCACGGCGUUCACAGAGCAUGUGCGGCGCGUCGUCGCUCUCUCUCGCUCCUCCCACUUCCCUCUGGGAUACGGAUUCCUAUUGGCUGAAGGUCUGCGACUCAACCCGGACGAGCUGCACGUCGGCCAAUCAGAGGAGGCGCUGCAGAUCACUGACGCUCUGCUGAGUCGCUCCAGAGCCGCUCUUCGAUUGGCUGCGUACUCCACUGUCCACAUGUACCUGCCUCCUCAGCGUCGCUCCUACCAACCGUACACGCCACAAUGUGACGCCUCUGGAAACUGGAUACACACACAGUGUCACCACAGCACAGGUCAGUGUUGGUGUGUUGAUGAAGACGGACAGUAUGUCGCCAACUCUCUGAGCAGCCGCUCACUGAGGCUGCCCAAGUGUCUGAGUCGCUGUGAAAGAGCUCAGGCUCACUCUCUGCUCUCUGGUUGGACAAAAGCGUCUGACAUCACCAACGUGUUACCUCGUCCCCCACAGUGUGAGGAGGACGGCCGUUACUCUGUGCUGCAGACAGGAGGCGCCGUGGGCUCAUGUGUGAAUCCUAUGACUGGAGAAAUGAUGCAGACGGCAACACAGAGCACAACUGGACAACUGACAU